AUGCAUAUACUUGUCAUCGGCGCAACUGGCCCUUCAGGCAUCGCCUUUGUCGAAGCAGCAUUGAAGAGCAACCAUAAACUGACACUAUACGUUCGAACCCCUGCGAAAGUUCCAAUCGAGAUCCAGCAGCAUGGCGACCUCGAUAUCAUACAAGGCACUUUCGAUGACGAUGUCGCACUGGGCAGGCCGGUGGCCAGUGGUAGUCAGAACCAGCCCGUCACUCGCUUCUACGAGGACAAGCUCUUCCCAGCUGUUCGCAAAACUUCUGGAUCAGGGAUCCGACGUUUGUUGAUUUGCGGCACGCCCUCUGUUCAGGUUCCGGAGGACCAAUUCUCGUUGAAAUGGUAUCUCAUGGUUUGGCUUCUCAAGACAUUGGUUGGUGAUGCGUACAAAGAGAUCACGGGUAUGGGUAGGGCUGUGUUCGCCCUGCCGCUUGAUGAGGUUGAAUGGACAAUGUUUAGAGUGCCGUGGUUGACCAAUGGCGAGGCUAAGCCUGUUUGUGCGGGCAUGAUCCAGAGCGAGGCGGGUCUCCUGCUCAGUAGGAAGAGUAUCGCAGUAGGGCUUUUGCAGGAGCUGGAAGAAAGGAAAUGGGUUGGUAAAGCCCCAGCGUUGUGCAAUCCAGGUUGGAUCUGA